AUGGACGGAGUCGGGUUGAACUGGGAUGGAGACGACUACUUCACCAUAAUUUGCGCCCUCUUCUUUACCGCUGAGCUUGUCAUGCUAGAGCUCAUUGGUAGAUACGGUUCCAUUACAGGAAUGAGUAAUGAGAUUGCGUUGCAACUUACAACUGCGCAAAAACAACGCAUCAUUGUGGGUAGCAAAUGCCUUCUCGCUGGGUGGAUUCUGUACACCACAUUGAUCUGGUGUUUGAAAGCUUGUAUGCUAUUCUUCUACAGGAGGCUCACCCUCAAUCUCCAGCAAAGAAAUCUCGUCAAGAUCACUGGGGCUGUCUGCAUCGCUGCAUACAUCGCCACCAUCAUUGUAUUUCUUACACAUUGCCACCCCAUUCAUCGGUUAUGGCAAGUCUAUCCGUAUCCUGGUGACGACUGUGCGCUCAACAUUUCGAAGUACCUAGCUUUGGUAGUCACAAAUGUAUCUACCGAUCUCAUGAUCCUUUUCAUUCCGUUGCCUCUACUGUGGGGCGUCCGUCUACCUUUCAAAAGGAAGCUGCUAUAUUUCUUCUGGCUCUGCACAGGGAUCUUCAUCAUGACUGCGACAUUACUCCGUUGCAUUCUGUGCCUCCAAGACGUUUCCCAAAUCAACGUUAGUACCAUAUGGUCGAUCCGCGAAACGUUCGUUGGGAUCAUAGCCGUUAACGCACCCAUCCUCAAACCUUUCUUUACUCAGGCCAAAAAAGCUGUUUCCUCCGGCAAGCCAUCACACAAAAGCUCUGGCAACGGUCUUCCGGAUAGUCUCCGGUUGUCGCAUGUUGACAGAAAGGGCAAAAAGAGAACUGUCCAUGACAUCACUAAUAUGGACACGAUGAUGAAUGAGAGUGAGGAAUAUAUCAUCAGCCCAGCGGGCAGACCUCGCAGCGACAUCAGUUCAAGAGAAGAGAGAGGCGACGUGUGA